AUGGCUCCUGAUGAACUGAAGAUACAAUUGACGGAAACAGAAGAGAAGAUCUGCGUGUUAUUGGAUAAAUGUAAAGAAUAUCUUCUAGCAGAAAAAGGGAUUUCUACAACGUGUAGAAUAGCAGGAGGAUGGGUCAGGGAUAAGCUUUUGGGCUCUCAAAGUAACGACCUUGACAUUGCUCUGAGCGACAUCAUGGGCCUCGCUUUCGCUCAACAUCUCGCUGAAUUCGCCAAAAGUCAAAAUAUCGAGGUCGGAACUAUCAGCAAAAUCGCGCAAAAUCCAGAUCAAUCGAAACAUUUAGAGACAGCUACAUUCAAAAUGUUUGGACUGGAGAUUGACCUAGUGAAUUUGCGUAGUGAAGAAUAUGCUUCGAAUAGCCGUAUUCCCACUGAGGUGACAUUCGGAACGCCGGUACAGGAUGCGCUACGGAGAGAUAUGACUAUAAACGCGCUCUUUUACAAUGUGCAUACGCGUACAGUUGAAGAUUUUACAGGAAAGGGUCUCAAUGACCUACGCAAUGGCAUAAUUCGGACACCUUUACCUCCUCGGGAGACCUUUUUGGAUGAUCCAUUGAGGAUCAUCAGAUGCAUCCGUUUUGCAAGCCGCUUUGGUUUUCAGUUUGUUCCCGAACUUGAGAACGCCGUAAAGGAUCCCACAAUUCAGGCAACCCUUGUCUCGAAAGUAGCCAGAGAACGAGCAGGGAUGGAACUGACGAAGAUGAUGAAAGGUCAGGAUCCCGUUCAUGCUAUUUCUCUUAUACAGGAUCUCUCCCUGUUCGACCCUAUCUUCUCCGUCAUACCGACUGAUGUCGUCUCGACGUUUUCUCACCCUCGAAGUGCAAACAUCGACUCCCUGAAAGCCACUUCAAUCUUAAGGCUUCUCCUUUCUGAUACCUACACAGGUUUGACUCCGUUACAUCCUCUUCUCACAAAGGCCAUUCACGAAGACACGACAUGCAAAGACCGCCUCUAUCUCGCCGCUACACUCACGCCCUACCUGGGUGUCACCUACAAAGACAAAAAGCAUAGAGAAUUUCCCGCUAUUACAUAUGUAAUACGGGAAUCACUAAAACUUGGGACGCAGAACCACUACCUGGACGGCAUACCUGCGCUCUUCGCGGCUUCUGAAAUCCUGAAAAAUCCAGACCUAAACCAAGAGAAGUUCAGACAGUCCUCUGAACGGGUAAUCAUUGGCUUGAUGCUUCGCGAAAAAGCUGUUCACAACGCUAACACAGGGUCACAUUGGACUAGUUCCUUGUUGUUCUCGUUACUUCAGGAAUUAAUACCAUGUUGCGAGACCAUCGAGGAGGUAUCUGCAGCAUCUGAAAAGAUCACUAUCUACAAUCGCUUUGUUGAGCGUGUUGAAGAACUUGCGCUGACUAGUGCCGUGGACGCUAAGCCUCUGGUUGACGGGCGGGAGAUAGUUUCAUUACUAAAUGUCAAAGCUGGUCCGUGGACUGGUACAGCGCUCGCUCGUGUCGUCGAAUGGCAACUCGAACACCCGGAAGGUUCAAAAGGUGAAUGUUUGAUGUGGUUAAAGGAGCAACUUUCAGCUGGCACUCUUGGCAUUGACCAGAACGGUCCAGUGAGCAAGAAAGCACGAAUAUAUAAGUAA